AUGCUGCCACCAGUCCCCAAGCCGGAGGACUAUGGUGUCUCACCACAGACCGGUUUCCUACCCUCAACGCUACCCCUCCAAUGCCUGCCCCACCCUGUCUACGAUCGAUGGGAAAGAAUAAUCAACAACUUCCAGUCACUGUUACUUUCUAAGAGACUACGAACCGUGGUCGACAAGCUCCCAAUCAUCCCCGCUGUUCACCUCGAGACCGAGCCUGAAUGGCGGAGGGCAUAUUCCAUCCUCGGCUUCCUUGCGAAUGGCUACAUCUGGGGCGGCGACAAGCCUGCAGAGCGUCUCCCUCCUGCCAUCACCUAUCCCUUCUUGCAAGUCUGCGAGCACUUGGAACUUCCACCGGUCCCGACAUACGCCGGAUUAGUCCUCUGGAACUACAAACCCAUCUUCCUCCGAGAUGCUCUGAUACUUGACAACCUCUCCACACUCACAACAUUCACUGGCUCAACAGACGAACAAUGGUUUUACCUCGUGAGUGCUGCCAUGGAGGCAAAGGGCGGCCCAUCGAUACCAAUCAUGUUGAAGGCCAUCGAAGCCGCAAGAGAUAACGACCCAGACACCGUCACAGCGUGCUUGCAAGCAUUCGCUCAGACGAUAGAUGAGAUUGGAACUCUGCUGUUGAGGAUGUACGAGAAUUGCGACCCACACGUCUUCUACCACCGCAUUCGGCCGUUUCUCGCCGGCAGCAAGAACAUGACGGACGCAGGAUUGCCUCGGGGCGUGCUAUAUGAUGACGGCACCAAAAAUGCUCGGUACAGACAGUACGGUGGUGGGUCGAAUGCGCAGAGCAGCAUGAUUCAAUUCUUUGACGUGGUUCUCGGUAUCGAGCACCGACCUACAGGCGCCAAGAUGAACGAGAGCUCAGAGUCGGAAGCAGAACCAGGUGUGGCCCCGAAGCCAAGGCACAACUUCAUCCACGAGAUGCGGCAGUAUAUGCCUGGUCCUCAUCGACGAUUCCUACAGGCGGUGGAGAACGUGGCCAACAUUCGCGAAUUUGUGGAGCUGAACCGAUCAAAUCGAACCUUAUGUGUGGCGUACGAUGCUUGUUUGGCCAUGCUGAGAUCACUGCGUGAUAAGCACAUCCAGAUGGUUUCAAGGUACAUUAUCGUUAAGAGCCGAGAAUCACGGAGCAAGAGUCGAAGCAGAGCCGACCAUGAGGACGUGAGCUCGACGACUGGGCGUGGGUUGGCAUCCAUCCGGUACAAGACAGGCGCAGGCGAGAAGCCAAGGACGAAGCGAGGCACCGGCGGCACAGCUCUUAUCCCUUUCCUAAAGCAAGCCAGAGAUGAGACCGGAGAGCCAGCUAUUGACGACUGGGCCAGAACUCUGCUCAUGGGCGGAAGAAGGACAGAAGCUGACACCGAGAUCGCGUAUCAAAGCAGAUUGACAGCCCAGGAGCUCGAUGCCGAGGAACCUGCCAUUGUUGGCUUGGCCGGCUCGUGGGAUAUGGAGGAUGCGGGCGGCGGCCUGUGUGCAUAUUGA